AAAAGAGAUUUAAAAAAGGAAACAAGAGGAGAAUGAAAAGCAGUUUACCUGAUGAACUGUGAUGGUCUUUGUUCUGUUAAUAUGCUUUCUUGGUUCGGUUUUGGUUUGUAAGUCUAGAUCAUUGACUUCGAGUUGGCUAGAGUUGGGGUAAGUUAGGGGGACUGAGUGCAAAUUACUUGUCUGAUGGGUUGUCUCUAUGAAGAAUUUUUGGAUCGUCUUUCAUUUAAGAGUGUAAAUUUUUCUUGUAAUAUAAGUCAGUACCUGAGAUCAAGAUGACUGCAUUUUCUAAGGUUCAUGCUCAGCAGUCAAUUUUUGAUUAUUAUUACUCUCUCGAAGUUGCUUGCAAAGGCUAAUGACAAACUGCAGAUUGACUUAUGACGACUACAGACAGCUAGGUGUAUUCAAGAUCUCUUAGCUUCAAGGGAUAUAAAAUCAACGAUGGUGGAGGAAAACGAAAUGAACAUGAGUAAACCAACUUCCCCAUUUGAACCAGACCAGAGCCAUAUGGAAAAACAUGUAUGUUUGGGCAGCUCUUUCGUCAGUUUGACGUUGAGCUAUCCACGUUUAGUGCAUUUUGGACGUCUUAUCAGUGAAGUUGCGUGGGUAUAUUAUGUCAUUUAUGUGAAACGUGGAAUAAUAGGAAAGAAUAUGGGGUUGCUUCAAGAAACAUGUAAUAAAAUAAGGAUCAUUUCAGAUGGAGGAGACUUGGAUACUUUGGUUUCUAUGGUGGAUAAAUAAGGAUCUCUGAACUCAUGCGCUCAUGCAAACAUUUUAUUCAUAUCUUCUCUUCCUUUUAAAUAUUUGCUGGUUAACUUCUUCUGUGAAUCUCUCUCGUCUGUGCAGCGAUGGGAGGUUGUUUCUCUGUCUCAUUGUCAUGUGAUCAAGUUGUGAAUCAAGUCUCCCAAUGGUUAUGCCUCAAGGGGAGUUAUGUUCACAACCUCGCCGAGAAUCUAGCGUCACUGGAGAAAGCCAUGGGAAUGCUAAAGGCGAAGAGAGAUGAUGUUCAAGGAAGGGUAAACAGAGAAGAGUUUACUGGGCAUCGUCAAAAGCUUGCUCAAGUCAAGGUAUGGCUUACGAGUGUCCUUACCAUAGAAAGCCAAUAUAAUGAGCUUCUUAAUACUAGUGAACUCGAGCUUGGAAGGUUGUGUCUAUGUGGUUUUUGCUCUAAAAAUAUGAAACUUAGCUGUAGUUAUGGGAAAAAGGUUAUCGUGAUGUUGAGAGAGGUAGAGAGUCUUAUCUCUCAAGGAGAAUUUGAUGUGGUGACUGAUGCAGCUCCUGUAGCUGAGGGUGAAGAGUUGCCUAUCCAAUCAACAGUAGUUGGUCAGGAAACAAUGCUUGAAAUGGUAUGGAACCGCCUGAUGGAAGAUAGAGUUGGGCUUGUUGGUCUGCAUGGAAUGGGUGGCGUUGGCAAAACCACCCUUCUCAUGCAGAUCAACAAUAGGUUUUCUGAAAGAGGUGGCGGAUUUGAUGUUGUGAUAUGGGUUGUGGUGUCACAAAAUGCAACAGUCCAUAAGAUUCAAGGGAUCAUUGGUGAAAAGCUAGGCCUUGGGGGGAAAGAGUGGGAGGAGAAAAGUGAGAUGAAGAGAGGCCAAGACAUCCACAACGUUCUUAGGAAGAAGAAGUUUGUGUUAUUGUUGGAUGAUAUAUGGGAGAAAGUGAAUUUAAGUACGAUUGGAGUCCCAUAUCCGAGCAAGGUAAACGGAAGCAAAGUAGUAUUUACCACCCGCUCUCGAGAUGUGUGUGGGCGCAUGGGAGUUGAUGAUCCGAUCGAAGUCCGUUGUCUGGACACGGACAAAGCCUGGGAUUUGUUCAAAAAGAAAGUCGGGGAGAUUACACUGGGAAGGCACCCAGACAUUCCCGAACUAGCAAGAAAAGUCGCUGGUAAAUGCCGAGGCCUACCAUUGGCACUUAAUGUCAUUGGUGAAACCAUGGCGAGCAAAAGAUCAGUACAAGAGUGGCGUCGAGCAGUUGAUGUGUUGACUUCAUCUGCGACAGAGUUUUCAGGCAUGGAAGAUGAGAUUCUUCCAAUAUUGAAGUAUAGCUACGAUAGUUUGGAUGGUGAGGUGACCAAGUCAUGUUUUCUAUAUUGCUCUCUGUUUCCUGAAGAUGACCUUAUUGAUAAAGAGAUAUUGAUAGAGUACUGGAUAGGUGAGGGGUUCAUUGAUGAGAAGGAAGUUAGAGAGAUGGCAUUGAACCAAGGUUAUGAUAUACUCGGGACCCUUGUCCGUGCAUGUUUGUUGUUGGAAGAUGACGAGGAUGAAAGAGAAGUGAAAAUGCAUGAUGUGGUGCGGGACAUGGCCAUGUGGAUAGCUUCGGAUCUAGGAAAGCAUAAAGAAAGAUGUAUCGUACAAGCUCGUGCCGGGAUACGUGAAAUACCCAAAGUGAAGAACUGGAAAGAUGUGAGAAGAAUUUCGUUGAUGGGAAAUAAUAUUCGAACCAUAUCUGAGAGCCCUGACUGUCCUGAACUUACAACUGUCCUCCUUCAAAGAAACCACAAUCUGGAAGAGAUAUCAGAUGGAUUCUUUCAGUCUAUGCCAAAGCUACUGGUUUUGGAUUUAUCAUAUAAUGUUCUCAGAGGAUUACGAGUGGAUAUGUGCAAUUUGGUUUCCUUGAGAUAUCUUAACUUGUCAUGGACAAAGAUAUCAGAAUUACAUUUUGGUUUAUACCAGUUGAAAAUGCUAACACAUCUGAAUUUGGAGGAGACGAGGUACCUUGAGCGUUUAGAAGGGAUAUCAGAAUUGUCAAGCUUGAGGACAUUGAAGCUACGAGAUUCCAAAGUGCGGCUAGAUACGAGCCUCAUGAAGGAGCUGCAGCUCUUACAACAUAUAGAGUAUAUAACCGUAAAUAUCUCGUCAAGUACUUUGGUUGGGGAGACAUUGUUCGAUGACCCCAGAAUGGGAAGAUGCAUCAAAAAAGUUUGGAUUCGCGAGAAAGAGCCAGUAAAAGUAUUAGUUUUGCCAGAUUUGGAUGGUCUCUGUUACAUCUCCAUACGGAGUUGUAAAAUGUUGGAGGAAAUAAAGAUAGAGAAGACACCAUGGAACAAAAGCCUGACAAGUCCAUGCUUCUCAAACCUCACUCGAGCAGAUAUACUAUUUUGUAAGGGUCUAAAGGAUUUGACGUGGCUGUUGUUCGCUCCAAACCUUACUGUUCUUCAAGUGAAUAAAGCAAUACAACUAGAGGAGAUAAUAAGCAAAGAGAAAGCUGAGAGUGUUUUAGAGAAUAAUAUUAUUCCUUUCCAGAAACUAGAAUUUCUUUACUUGACCGAUUUGCCUGAGCUUAAGAGCAUCUACUGGAAUGCUCUGCCAUUUCAACGUCUGAGAGAACUUGACAUAGACGGUUGUCCAAAGCUGAGAAAGCUUCCUCUGAAUUCGAAAAGCGUCGUCAACGUUGAAGAAUUUGUCAUAUACUGCUGCCAUGACAAAGAAUGGUUAGAAAGAGUUGAAUGGGAGGAUGAAGCCACAAGACUCCGUUUCUUACCUUCAUGUAACACUCCGGGAUUCCAAUGAUCUGUUGUUCUGUUUCUCUUUUUUUCUUCUGUAAUUGCAUACUCUGUUUCACGUAAGCUGUUAAUUAUGUGGAUGUCUUGGAUAAUUUACUCAUUCUCUGUUUCAAACUGUUAAUAGUUUUAGUUUGUCCUAAAAA